AUGGCCAACUUUGAAAAUGCCGCUACAUCCGAAGAUAUCUCCGGCGACCCACACUUUUCCACCGCGAAAACGGAGUUAGGCGGUCUUUUCUUCCAGGAUCUGUCCGUCUCGGCCGUGUCUCUCUGGGAGAAUACUUGCCUGGAAUCAUUCGCACCCCGAGAAACAUUUAUCCAACUGCUCCUUUUCAACCUUGAUGUUCCAUUCUACACCGAGUCCUACGGCCGAGACGUCUGUUCCCGAAACAUGACAGCAGAGAGAGAACCCCGCCGCCGGCGUCGCCCAGCGCUCUCAUGCGUGGAAUGCCGGCGCCGCAAGAUCAAGUGUGACCGCGAUGACCCGUGCGGGCACUGCAAGACAUCCAGGAUUCACUGCGUCUACAACAUCUACGGCAACACCAACCCAGUCGGCAACGUGCAGCCAUCCUAUGGCUCUUCUGGGCCCUCGCCGCCAAGUCCCUCCGCUAGAACAGCACAUCCAUCCUCUGCUGAUCUAGCCUCAGGAAGAGCUGUGUCGGAGCAAGCAGGACGUACUUUGACUCAUGAUGGACCCGUAGUGCCACAACUGGGCACCAUUGGUACGCCGUUAUCAGUUUAUGAUAAUUCAAACCAAGCCCGGUCGGGUAGCGACUGGGGAGCGCAUAGUGAUGUUCACAGCCUCAUUCAGCGCGUACAGAAGCUUGAAGAAUCGGCUGCGAGUAGUCCCGCCUCGAAGGCUCAAGAUAUUGGACAUAGACAGGAUGCUCUCACCUCACCAAUCACGCUACAGGAGGCACAAAUCACGUUGAACAAGACAAGAAUCCUUGGCUGGAGCAGAUGGGCUGCUGAGACGACUGUGUUUUCGACGAUUCUUGAUUUGUUUCACAUCUUUACCGGAACUGAUGCCGUUGCUGUAAGCGGACAUGUAUCGCACGACGACUCUUUCAGGGAUCCCAGCCUCGAGCCUAUCGUUGCCGACCUUACCAACUUGUACCAGAGAUGCAAGUCCUUGGCCAAGAGUACCAAAGUGGGUAGACCAAGUCGGACCCUGAGGGAUCCAGACUCUUGUUUGGCUCCCCCAUCUCGCGAAUGGGCCGACAACAUGGCAAAUCUAUACUUCAAAUACUUCGAAUCGACAUAUCGCAUCCUUCACGUGCCCAGUUUCUGGGAGGAGUACCAUCGAUACUGGGAGGAUCCCGGCCAUGCCAAGGCGGGCACCCGCCUCAAGGUCUUGCUGGUCAUUGUCAUCGGAUCCAGUUUGCGAGAGCAUGGAGCCGAGGAAUUACAGAUUACCAAUAGAGUGCACCGGUGGAUCUACACUGCGCAAUCGUGGCUUUCUGGACCGCUCGAAAAAGAUCGCUUGGACCUUACAGGCAUUCAAGUGUUCUGUCUGACAAUUCUUGCCCGCCAGAUCUUUUCCAUCGGAGGAGAUCUGGUCUGGAUGUCCAUGGGUGAUCUGAUCCACCGUGGCAUGAGGAUAGGUCUGCAUCGUGACCCCAAAUUCCUUCCACCAAUGCCUACACUGCAAGCCGAGAUGCGACGGAGGCUCUGGGCCACCAUACUAGAACUAACACUGCAGUCCUCCAUGGACGCCUCGAUGCCCCCGAGGAUAUCUUUUGAGGAAUUCGAUACUGAGCCGCCUUCAAACAGUAACGAUGACGAGAUGGACGAAACCACGACAGACCUGGCACCCCAUCCUAGAUCGACGUACACGUCUGCCUCAAUGCAGCUGAUUCUAGUCGACUCUCUACGUGCGAGGCUACGGGUUGCACAGCUGAUCAAUGGUCUGACUCAUGAAAUCUCUUACACGGAUGUGCUAGCUCUGAGUUCUGAAGUUAUGGACGCUUGCGGCGCCUGCGGGGACUUUUUGAGAAAACAAGGCGAUGUCAUGAUCACUGCCUUCCACAGAAACUUCCUGGACUACCUGCUCAGGAGAUGCUUGGCUUUAGUUCAUUGCCCUUUUGCCUUUCAGGCAAAGAGCAACCCGCUUUAUUGUUUUUCUCGAAAGACAUUUGUUGACGUGGCCAUGACCAUUGUCUCUCCCGAGCCAGACGACGCGUUUGCGCACCUACUGCUCAUUGGCGGCGGGCUGUUCCGCGAAGGUAUCCGCUACGCGACUACUGCCAUCAGCCUCGAGCUGAUCGACAUGGUCAACUCCCAGAAGAGGGACGGGACUCUGGCACGGCACUACCGAACCCGGGAGGUCCUCAAGCAGACGAUCCGAGAUAUGAUCGAACUGUCUGCGGAUCGCAUCCGCCGCGGAGAGACCAACACCAAGAUGCACACCUACUUGAGUGCAAUUCUGGGCCAGGUCGAGGCCAUCGAGACUGAUGGACCUGUUGAAUAUACUAUUGCGAAGGCUGCCAGGGACAGUAUGGAGUUCUGCUGCAAUCUAGUGGAGGAGCGAGUUGGAAGCAUCGCUCUCUCUGGCCUUGCCGACAUUGAUACUGGCAUGUCGGUCGAUGGCAGUGGAGAUGGGUUUGACUGGGAUUUCGAUUUCGAGAUGAACUUUGGGUUGAUGGAUGAUGGCUUUACUUUUGGCUAG